GGCGAAGGCAAGAUAAACCGCCCGGACUCCAACAAGACAACUAGAGCACGACGGCACGUGGAAGCUCGCCGCUCACCGCCGAUCGAAUCCACCGAGCAAAGCCGCCGUUGCAGGAGAGGUGCGGAGGCGCCGAUCUCAAUCCCAUGGCGGCGGCGGCGGCGCCGGCGGCCCUGGUGGCGGUGGUAUCCCCGCAGUUCUGCGCGCCGUACGUGGUGCCCCUGACGGUGACGCAGAAGGCCAUCAGCCUCUCCGACGGCGACUUCACCGUCACCGAUGCCAACGGCGCCGUCGUGCUGCUGGUCAAGGGCGCCCUCUUCAGCGUCCACCGCCGCCGCGUGCUCCUCGACGCCGCCGGCCAGCCCAUCCUCUCCAUGCAGCAGAAGGUAUUCAGCAUGCACAAAAGAUGGGACGUGUUCAGAGGGGAUAGCGCGAAGGCAAGCGACCUGCUCUUCACCGUGAAGAAGAGCUCAAUCAUCCAGCUGAAGACGGAGCUGGAUGUCUUCCUGGCUUCCAACACCGCGGAGCAGGCCUGCGAUUUCAAGAUCAAAGGCAGCUACUUCGAGAGGUCGUGCGCCUUCUACCUCGGCAACUCCAACACCAUGAUUGCCCAAAUGAACCGUCAGUACACUGUCUCGAAUGUGCUGCUCGGGAAGGACACGUUCGGUGUCACCGUGUUCCCGCAUGUCGAUUACGUGUUCGUCGCUGCUCUGGUGGUGAUUCUGGAUGAGAUUCACAGGGAACGAUCCGACUGAAGACCACCACCAUCAACUCCAAGCUUCCAUCGAGUUGGACGCAAAUUUGAUGUUGUAAACCGCGGUUGAGGGUUUUGCUUGUCAAAUUAUGCUAGCAGAAUCAACUAUUGAACUUUGUUGAUUCAUACUGUGUUAUGCCGACGUUCAAUAAUGUGUACUACUGCUUUUUUUAGCUAAAUAAUGUGUACUAACUCUGUGCC